AUGACUCUGGGUGGAUUACUCGUUAAUCGUCGAACAAAACGACGUUAUCGUUUAGAUGGAUGUCGGCAAUCCCAUGUAAAACCUUUAUUAAAUUUAGCGCGACCAUUUCUAUCUUUAGUAACUGGUCCACAAUUGUCAAACGUUGUUGAUUUACGUUCAUUUUUAAGUCCAAUAGAAGAACAAUAUAUAGCUGGCUCAUGUGUUGGUAAUGCAUUAGCAUCUAUAUUAGAAUAUUUUCAUUUUUAUGCCACUGGUCAAGUAAAAAGAUUCAGCCGUUUAUUUAUUUAUUAUAAUGCUCGAAUGAUGGAAGAUGAAGUGUCACAACGUAAUGCAACUGAAACAGAUUCUGGUGCUGAUAUACAAUUUGCUAUUGUGAGCUUAAUGAAAUAUGGUUGCUGCGAAGAAAAAUUUUGGCCAUUUUAUGAACACCUUAUUAACAUUCAACCAAAUCAUGACGCAUACGUAUAUGGUGAAAAUUAUUGUUUAGAUGAAGUUAGUCGUCUUUCAAAUAAUAUCAAUCAAUUACGUCAAUGUCUUGCUCAAGGCUAUCCAUUUGUGAUGGCAAUUAAAAUAUUUUCAUCAUUUGCAUCCAAUCAUCAUGGUUAUAUACCAAUGCCAAAAAGGCAUGAAAAAUCAUCUCAAUAUCGGCAUGCUGUUGUAUGUAUAGGUUAUAUUCAUUCACAACGAGUAUUUAUUAUACGUAAUUCACAUGGAAUCCAUUGGGGUGAUCAUGGUUAUGGUUAUUUACCAUAUGAAUACUUAGCAGAUAAAAUCUUAGCAAAAGAUUUAUGGGCAAUAAAGUCAGUAAAAAAUAUGAAACCAACGUCUAAUGAAGAAUCUAUUGCAUGGAAUGAUUUUCCUAUUUUAUCAAAAUCAAGUAGUCGACAAGAUAUACCUGAUGAUCGAUCACAAUGUCAUAUUGAAUAUUCAAAUGAUGAAAACGAUUGGGAUGAAGAUGGAGACGAUGAUGAUAAUGAAAGAGUAGAAUCAGAAUCAUUCAAUAUUCAUAAACAAUACUAUCGUCGUCAUUCACAAGAAUUACAAAGAGAAUAUUCAGCAUCAUCAACACAACUACAAGAAAUUCCUUGGGUACAACCAACAUUUAUAAAUUAUUUUCCUAUGGCAUAUGUUCCAGCACCAAUUAUAUUUAUGAAUACGCCUUUCAUGCACUAG